AUUAAAUUUUUUAUCGAUAAGCGAAAUUUUGAUACAUUUAUGUAUCUACAUAUUUAAAAUUUGACAUGUAUGAAUUUCUCUUUAUCUCGUAGUCCAAAAUCAGUUUGUUAUACUGUAUACACGAUAAAAUUUCGUCUGUGAAUUCAAUUCAAUUUGAAUUAAACUCAUUUAAUUUAUAUUAUCAUAGAAAUUUCAUAUUUCGACUGGUUUUAAUAUCAAUGAAGUUGGCGUACUUAGUAAAUGUUUACACACUGAAUUUAUUGUCACUUGAUUUUCUGUGUUGAGUGGGAAUGUGAUGGUAGAUGAUACAAUACCAUACAAUACGCGUACCGCACAAAUGUCAACGUGUACAUUUUCUGUGCAUGCCAUACUUUUAAAUAAAAAUGCUAAAAAGGAUACCGUGACCUAUUAAUUUUCAUAUAAAAAAUUUAUCUAUGAAAAGUAUAAUUAUGAUUAAAUCGCAGCAAAAAAGUAGUCAAGCAUUAAAAUAUGUCAGUUUAAUAACUCUCACAUUGCAAAAUGCUGCAGUUGGACUUAGCAUGCGUUAUGCACUUACAAGAUCGGGAGAUAUGUUCCUUCCUUCAACUGCUGUUGUUAUGUCGGAAGUUGUUAAACUGUUAACAUCUCUGGUAUUAUGUUAUAUCGAAGAAGGAAGCUUCCCAAAAUUUUGUAAUUCUCUAAAAGUAAUUAUUAUAAAACAACCAAUUGAUACUUUAAAAGUAAGCGUACCAUCGCUUUUGUACAUUAUACAAAAUAAUGUUCUGUAUGUAUCUGCAUCUAAUUUAGAUGCAGCAACUUAUCAGGUGACGUACCAACUAAAAAUUUUGACAACAGCAUUCUUUGCUGUAAUAAUACUACGAAGAUCCUUAAGAAAUACCCAAUGGGGAGCUUUAGUAUUAUUAGUUAUAGGAGUAGUAUUAGUACAAUUGGCGCAAAGCGUGGACACUGUUCUACCGUCUGGGAUAGAACAAAAUCAUAUAGUCGGAUUCUCAGCUGCGCUAAGCGCGUGCUUUUUAUCAGGUUUUGCUGGAAUAUAUUUUGAAAAAAUACUCAAAGACUCGGAUAUUUCGUUAUGGAUGAGAAAUGUACAGUUAGGUCUACUAUCGUUACCAUUUGGUUUAAUUACAUGUUUUCUACGAGAUGGUGAAAUUCUACAAAAGCGAGGUUUCUUUUUCGGUUAUGAUCUAUUUGUUUAUUAUUUAGUUGUACUUCAAGCAGGAGGGGGCCUUAUCGUUGCCAUGGUAGUUAAAUAUGCUGAUAAUAUACUUAAGGGUUUUGCUACAUCUUUAGCUAUUAUUAUUUCUUGCGUAGCUUCGAUAUACCUUUUUGAUUUUAACUUAACUCUUAAGUUUUCUUUAGGCGCUGUUUUAGUUAUAUGUUCGAUCUUUAUGUAUGGACAUCAACCAAAGACAACGUUCAUCGAUAAACAUUCUCCAACUGACAGAGUUUGAUAUAAACUAAAAAAAAUAUGAUGAUACCGAAUUCUACAAAUAUUUGAACGUAUUCGCACAGAUGAAUAAUUUGGUACAUUUUUUCGUGUAAAAUCGCGGUUAAGCAAUUGAUAUAUAAAUAUCUACGUCAUAUCACUUUAUCAGUAUUUCAUUGUAUCUGCUAUAGAAGAAUUUAAAAUAACGACAUCAAUAGUAAAUAAUAAUGUGACCUAUAGAUAGAUACAUUGUUUUAUGAACAAAUAGCUCGGUAAUCUACAGAUCGGUAACACCAGCAGAAAUAUGUUGAAUGCGUAUUUUAGUGAAUCACGCGACCACACUUUUAUACCAAAUUAACAGAUUCGUUACAUAUAUUGGUAUAUCAAAGUAAUUAAAGUAUUUAUUGUAUAUUUAAACAUAUAUCUCUAAUAUUGAGAUACCUCAUUAAAGAUCAUAUACAGAAAAUAGUUGUUUUUUCUUAAUCCAUAUAUUUUUGUAUAAUGUUAAUGUCUUGGAUUAUAGAUAAUAACUAUUCGUGUUUACAAAAUUAAUGUAAUACAUAUGCGCUAUUUAUAUAUAUUUUUACACUUAUAUUGUACUUAAUUAAAUUAAUUAUUAUAAUGUAAAAUUUUCAAUUCAUGUUAAAUGUUUGGUAUGAUAACAAAAAAUAUACAUUUAACUAGUUAAGUAAAACUGUGUUAUAUUUUACA